GCGAGGAGGGGAAACCGAGCGUCUUGUUGUCUUGUGUCGGCCAUCAUCACUAAAUUUCUAGAUGUUUGGAGUUUUCUCCUUAAAAUUUUAGCGGUUUUUGCUCCGAUCUCAAGCUGGACUUAGCUACAGGAAAAAACACUUCGGAGAACAUCCCUUAUGGCACAGGGAAGCGAAGAGCCUCCCUUCCUGACGGUGGGAACUGAAGUUAGUGCAAAAUAUCGAGGAGCUUUUUGCGAAGCCAGCAUAAAGACUAUAAAGAAACUCGUCAAAUGCAAGAUCCAGUACAAAAAUAAUACAACUGGGACAGUCAACGAUGACGGAGUAAAAGGAGCUUUAAAGGUUGGAUCAGUUGUAGAAGUCAAGAAUUCUGAUGGCCAGUUGGUAGAUGGAGUAAUCACUAAACUAACUGAUGCCAGUGUCUACACAGUUGUAUUUGAUGAUGGAGAUGAAAGAACUCUAAGGAGGACAUCCCUGUGUUUAAAGGGGGAGCGUCAUUUCAAUGAGAGUGAAACCCUAGACCAUCUUCCAUUAACAGAUCCUGAGAAUUUUGGAACACCAGUAGUUCAAAAUGGGAAAAAGCGUAAAAAGAGAAGAUUGAGUCAACAAAGUGCAAGUAUUGAUGAUUCUGAAAAUGAAGCAGAAUCUCCAGCACCAGUAGUGAAAAAGAAAUGUCUCUUCAAUGAUAGCAUUGUUGGAAAGGUUGUUGUAGUUGAGCGAGGGACUAAACGGAAAUCCCACUGGUUUCCAGCUUUGGGAGUGAGUCCAAGCUCAGAUAACAUGGAGUUUAUCAAAUCUAAAGACCACUGCCUAGCAAGAUCCUUCAAAGAUGGCAACUAUCAUAUUGUCAAUGUACGUGAUACAAAGGAUUUCUCUAAGGAUGAAGAACCUGUUAGUACUGCCAUUCGAACAGAAAACAGAGUCACCAAGGCUGCUAUUGAUCGGGCCAUUGCAUAUCUGGAAACUGGGCGUAUCCCAUCUAUCUGGGAAGGGAACAAGUCAGAGGUGAUAAUGAAGGAUGAGGACACAGGAAAAGCAAAGCUAGAAAAGCAGUCUUCCGAGGAGGGGAGUGAAGAUGACGAAGACGAGAAGAAAGAGUUCAUGACAAAACUAACUGCAUUCAUGGACGAUAGACGAACCCCAAUCACUCGUCCUCCAGUGCUGGGUAACCAGGAUCUGGACUUGUACAAACUCUAUGUGCUGGUGCAGGAAUUUGGUGGAAUGGAAGAGGUCACCAAUCAACAACAAUGGAGAAAUCUCUACUCCAAGAUGGGAAUUGCUAUUAUGCCUCCUAGUGCGUCUCAUCACAUUAAAAUGGCUUAUAAAAAGUACUUACAACCAUAUGAAGAACACCAACUUGGAAAACCCAAUCAAGAGCCAGACGAGGAUAACGUUGAUAGUUCCACCCGUGAAAGAAACACAAGCAUGCGAGGCAAACCCACGGAAGAUGAGAAAACAGAGGCCCCUCAUCCAAGGGAAAGAAGUUCCUCACGGACUAGGCUGGACCGGUCCAUGAAAAACAGCAAGCCAGAUAAACCUGCCACUCCUGACAAGCCAGAUAAACGAGUAAAACCAGUUUCAAUGCCAGAGAGUAAACCUGCAGGGCCAAAGAAACCAGACAAGUUGAUUCUUCCUGAUAGGAGCUCUCCUACUGGUAAACCCUCCAGAGUCCCCACCCCUAGUAAGGCCACGCCCAGCAAGCGAGCUACCACACCUAAUAACAAGGGAAAACCUAAUAGUAAACCUUCCACUCCCAACCAGCCCCCAACACCAGACAGCAGCGAUGACCUCUCAGUUGACAAGAGAGACGCUUCAAGGAGGAGAGGAGAGGAUGAGUCUAGCUCUCAUCAUGAUGAAAGCAUAGACUCAGAGGUGGAUAUUGAUGAUGAAGUGACGUCACCUGAGUCUGAGCUUGCGGUGGAUGUGGUGAACAGUCCUGGCAGCCUGUCUGACAUCAGUGAGUCCAGGUCUGAUUACUGCCCUGAGGAUCCAAAGGAUUAUAAUGUGGGUGACAAGAUCCAAGUCAAAUACGGGCGUGGACGCAAUCAGCUUAUCUACGAGGCCAAGAUUACAACAAUUGAUGAGAAUGCAGAGGAGGGUAUUCUUUUUCUGAUUCAUUAUGCUGGAUGGAAUAACAGAUACGAUGAGUGGAUAAGCCCAGAUCGUGUUGUCGGCAAGAGCACAUGCCAAUCCAGAAAAAAGGGAACCUUUAUGGUAAGAGGGAUUGAGGUAGCAAGACCAAAAUUCCCACCAAAGCCAAUGGGUAGAAAUCUUCAGAAAGCGAUGCACAAGAAGGGGAAGCUGAUUCCUCCCAACAGUGGCGCCGGCAAGGCUUCUAAUGGCAAAAAUGCACCCACCAAUGGGAAUAAAGCACCUACAAGAUCUGCAUCACCCUCGGUGACUUCGGCCGCUUCCCCUGGAACAGUGUCACGGCGCACACGCUCUGAGAGGAACUCUUUGCCAGAGUCAGCUAAUGGAACAUCUGAAGGUGAUGCCCUUUCAUCUGGGCGUAGUCCACCGACAAAAAGACAGCAAAAAUCAGUGACUCCAGAGCCAACUGAUUGUGACAAAGCUGAAGAGGUCAAGCCCCUAGUUCCCAUUCCUGACAAGAAGCCUUCACUAGAGGAAAAUGUUGUGAAGAGUUUUGACCAAGCAUUUGAGAAGGAAGAUGCCCCUCUAACUUGCUCCAAGAAAGAGGACAAGGAGGUGAUUGUUCCUGAUCCCCAAGAACCGACAAGUAAUGAUAACGAGCAUGAGAAAAAGGAACCAGAAAAGCCAAAGGAACAGGGAGGUAGAAAGAAAAGCAGGCGAGUACUGAAUGGUUUGAUUAGAAGCCUGAGCUCCCCGGCAUCCAUGAACUCAGACUACUCUUUGCAAGAAGAUGACCCUGAUGCUCCUCCUGUCAAGAAAGUCAAGGUUGAAGAGGAGAAGGACUUGGAGGAUAUUAAGAUUGAGAAGUUAUUAGGUGAAAAUGUUCCAAGUGAGACUCCAGCAGCUGCGCCACACUCUGAAGGGAGCACCAGUGCUGAUGCUGACAAGUUCUGCAGUAUGAAUGGCCGCAUCGAAGAGCAACAGCCACAGGAAGGAGUGGAAGAGAACAAGUCUGAGUCUGAGAAUAAUCAGAAGGACAACUCUCAGUCGUCCAGUCCAAAUGGUAGCACAUCCAGCAGUAAAGAUGAAUGCGAGUCUACUAAAGAGAAACCAGAAAAGCACACUAGCAGACCCAGACAUGAUAGCAAAUCAGACAAGAAAAAUUCUGACGACAAACACAGGCGGCACAGAAGGAGAAGAGAAAAGAAAAAGCAGAGGCACCAUUCUGGGAAUGACAGCACUGGUAGCGACAUCCCAGCUAGUCCAGGAAUAGCCAACUCUCCUGCCUCCAGACCCUCACCCUCUCGACCGAGAAUCAAUUUUGAUGCUGAGCUAGUUAUGAUAAAAGCAAACAAAGAUAGCUCAGAGAGAAUACGACUUUUACAAGAGAAAAUAAAGGAGAUGAGAAAACUUUAUGGAUCAUUAAAAGCUGAGGUUGCCACCAUUGACCGCAGAAGGAAAAGAUUAAAGAAAAAGAGAGAAGAACAUGAAGCGGAUUCUGCCUUACAAGAAAGCAAUCACAAGUCAUCUAGCUGUGUAUCACCUACUCCUCCUCAAGUCGAGUGUAGAUAGCAUGCAAUCUUCCCAAUAGUCCUCUCCCAUAAUUCCACAACAUACGAUACAUUGUGAGUGAUUUAUUUUUAAUCUUUUAACCAAAACUUUAUAACAAUUCAUUCUCAUUCUCUAUCAUAUUUUCUCUAGUGAAAAAAAUAUGGAUCUGAUGGCAAUAAGGAAGAUUGAAAUUGUCAGAGUAUUUUAGUAUCUUUUUUGCCAUGUUUUUCAAUGUAUGUUUAUUGGUAGCUCAUGGCUUUUUACCCAUCAUUCUGAGUAUAUAUACAUUCUGAUGAGUGAACUCAAAUCAGACAAAGACUUGAAUAAUAUAUAUAUCCUGAUAUACUAAUGAUAGAAUAAGCUCUUUUGUGAGGGUGUAUAAUUAUAGCAGAGUGGCCACUAAUAAUAAUAAGUGGGCUAAACGGUGGCAUAAAUGUGAGAAUUCUCUCUAAUUGGGAAUAUGCCUGUCACCAGUAAAGGGUUGUGUGUCCUUGGUUGCUAACUUCUCAAUUAAUCCAUUAAAUGGGAUAAACAUGGAUAACAUGCACCAACCUUCUAGCAUAUGCCUUAUUAUUUAUUCCUUGAUUUGCUACCAAUAACAAACCAAUUUUGUGUUUAGCUUUUAAAGAAGUUGCCGAAAAGCUUUUAAAAAUUGAUACAUUACCCACCCAUAUGUGAGCAUUUUCAUGUGGGGUCCAUUUUAACCAUCUAAUGUAUUGAAGGUAGUAGGAUGUAAAGUAUUUAGUUUUCCUUGUGUAUAUUGAGAUAUUUAUAAUCGUUAGAUGGCCACUGAUAAGAUAUGGAAAAAGAGAAUGGAAGUGUCAUUUCUUCUAACUUUCUUAAGUGAGUGAUAGGAGAUAUUUUUGUUAGCCACUGCAGCUGUUUGGACUGUGGUAUAUAGUAAAAACGGAUUUGUUUCUUUUUUUUUGCAAUAAUCUUAAUGUGACCUUGUAUUAAGUUCAUUGCCAUUUGGCAUUGAGACAUGCUAGAAAAGGCAUUUGUUGAUAAUAGUUCUAUGCUGAGCUACUAUGUAAAAUUCAUAUCUAUAUUAUCAACACAGACUAUUAGCAAAUUAGAUGUAUAUUGAGGAAAGAAAUAUACUUAUUUCUCAGUGAAUAACAUUUUAAUUAAAAUCCUAAUAAGAACUGGUUUUAUCCAAUCAUAGGUAGGAGCCAUGGCUACAGUAAAAUGUGUUGCCAAGAUUAUAAAGCAUUCAAUGAAAUCAAUGCUAUUUUUAUAGAAUUCUCAAUUAUUGAGCUCCCCUAAUGCAAUCACCAUACAAACUGCACUUUAAACAUAUAAAAGUCAUAGCGUUAAUCUAUAAUUAUACUAUAUUGAUAUUUUUUAUUUAAUUAUUGUUUUGUUAAACUUGUACACAUUUUUUUUAUUUCUAUUUCAUUGAUACUGGUAUGAAUUACUGUACAUAAACUAUAUCUACAUUAUAGUCUGUAAUGUGCAUAGACAAAUCAAUGGUUUGAAACUAUUAGCUGUUUAUGUCUGUCCUGGGAAGCCUUACUUAGGCUACUAAGCAUUCUUAUACCCUGUCAUACAAUACUCUCAUUGGUGGAUAUUCAUAUUCCAUGUCUGUUAUAUCCUAUACAAGGAGAUCUUCUGCAAAUGAUCCAAAAUGCGUAUAUCUAUACCUGUACUAGAUAAAUUGUCUGUCCUUAAUGAUGGACAUGGGUAUUAUUAUAAAAUAACUUAACAGAACUAACAUGGAUAACAUUAUCAAGCUAGUAGAAAAAAACACUUUUGUAAGGUAAUGCAAAAGUGAAAGCUGUACAAUAGCCUGUAGAAUAUGCUGUGAAUUGGAAUGUCUUAUUUUUAACUAUGCUAUCGUUUUGAGCACCAUAUUUUAACAGUGCCAUCUAAUUUAUUUCAUGUGAAUAAAUGGCAGCUGAACCCUUAAA